CCCUGCAAGUGAUGCCAGACUUGGGAAUGGAUUAUGUGGUGGAAAGACUACGAGUGUUAUGUAUGUCACCUCGGAAGUCGCCUAAAAAGUAUACACCAAAUAGCUCACCAGGACAAUCCCCGUGGAAAAAGCGCUUAUUGGAAGGAGAUAUUCCAAGUAAAAAUCGACAAAAUCACAAGGAUUAUGCGCAAAAACAUGAGCAAAAACAAAAGCAUUCCCUGUGGAAAAGUCGGCAAACAGAAAGAUAUAGUUCAUAUAAUGAACAACAGAUGACAGAGCAGUUGAUGUGCAUUCAACAAGAUAAAACAGGGGUUUACUCAUUUAAGUAUCAAUUCACAGAAGAGCGUGAUUUGUGUAAACGUAAACAGUCAGACAGAUAUUCUUCGUGUUCGUGUAAACAAACGACUAGGCAGUCUUCAAGUAAACAUCAAGAGACAUCCAAUAACUCUCCCUGUAAAUGUAAACAGUCAGACAGAUAUUCUUCGUGUUCGUGUAAACAAACGACUGGGCAGUCUUCAAGUAAACAUCAAGAGACAUCCAAUAACUCUCCCUGUAAAUGUAAACAGUCAGACAGAUAUUCUUCGUGUUCGUGUAAACAUCAAGAGACAUCCAAUAACUCUCCCUCUAAAUGUAAACAGAGGACUGUACAAUCUACCUCUGGUGUCCAAAAAAAGUCUGAAUUUUCAUCGAGUACAGGACAUAAGAAAAAUAAACAUUUUUUGUGUACAAAUCAGGAACAUAUCGUACAUUCUCCAUAUAAAUCCCAACCAACCGUGCAGUGUUCCCCUUGUAAGGGGCUAACUACUGCUUUACGUUCAGAAGCUUGGACUUCUGUUGAUUGUCAUCAAUACUCACCAUUUAGUUCACCAAAAAACACAGUUAAGAAGCGAGAUUUGUAUGACAAAUCUCCGAUAAAAAUAUGUAAGCCACAUCAGUUCCCAUUAAGGGCAAAUGACUCCAGUAACCGUUCCCCCCAAAAGUCAUGUGAGUCAUAUCACCAACCCCACAAAAUGUCCCCUGAAAAUCAAAACCCAUUGACAUUAAAGUGUUUGCACAAUCAAUCCCUGCAACAUUCGUGUUUUUCAUCAAAGAUUUCGUCGUUUGAAUUACCCGAGUUUGUCAAAUAUUCACAUUCACCGUUAACGUUUCGUCGAACAUCAGUGAAGAAUAAACAGCGCUCUUUAAAAGAAUCAUCUGAUGACCAAUGUCUUUCAGUGCUUUAUUCAGCGUAUUCCUGGAAAGAUAAUUCUAUUGAAAGAAUUAACAAGGUGUCUCUGACUCGUCCAUUAAAUCUAUAUUAUCAUGACGAUGACAUAACCAUGUGGUACAACCAGAGUGAAUUCGUCACAGUCAGUCUUCAUUGGCACAAUAAUUUCCGAAGCUUCCACGGCUCACCCCCUCUUCUUCUCUCCCCUCAGCUCUGUGUCCGAGCUCAAGAUUGGGCCAAUCAUCUUGCUCAUACAAAUACAAUUUACCACAGAAACGACAUGGGCAUCGGUCAGAACCUCUUUUGUAAAUGUCUUGGUAUUUCAGACGCCGAUCCAACAGGAGACCAGGUGGCCAAGUAUUGGUACCAGGAAAUUAAGAUGUACGAUUUUUAUCAGAAACCAUCGUUGUUACACGUUAAAUCCAAUCACUUCACACAAAUGGUUUGGAGAAACACGCAGGAGUUCGGAAUCGGAAAGACAAGAACACGAUUUGGAAAGAUUGUGGUGGUUGCAAAUUACAGACCCGCCGGCAAUGUCAUUGGUCAUUUUCACCAAAAUGUCUUUCCACCUGUUAAAAAGAUAGAAGAAAGUUCAAAUAAAAUUAAUAUUCCUAAAGCGUUGUAAAUCAGUGUUUUAAAACAAAUCAGGUCACAUUGAGUUCAAAAAAGCAACGAUUUUUCCUGUGCAGUGGAAAUAAUAAAUUUCCCGGAGAUGUUUUAAAGUAUCCUCUAAAAGACAAAUGUUUUGAAUUGGUGAAGAACGACUUCCUAGUAAUCAAAAUCCAGUUUGCGGAGAAGUGGACAUUUCGUCUUUUGAAAGAGUAAUUUUUAAAGAACAACAGUCACUUUGAGUGAUUAAACGUGUUCUGGUUUUCUGAGAAAUCAAAGGUUGCUCUGUACAGUAAAAAAAAAAGACUGAGGUUUUAUGUAAACCAGAUCCUCACCAUGUACACUUAGAGUAUAUCCUGAAAAGUUAAAUAUAGGGUUAAGCAUAAGAAUGUAAUUAGUAGCAAAUAAUUCCAAUUUUUGAAAAUAUAAAGGUUUUUUUUUCCUCUACAUUUAAAAUUUCUAGAGUUUUAAGACACA